CACAAUAUGUACCCAGAGCAAGGUACUCCAAAGGUUUGUUUGUACCUAUGUCCUGGUCUGAAUAUCUGCGAGAGAUUGCUCAGAGAUUUGAUGAAGCCGCUGAAGAAUUAACAUCGGUAUUCGAGUUACCUGCAGACCUAUUGAAUGAUAUAACUGAAGAAGAUGGCGAAACUGUUUCAGGGACAGGUUCCUUUUUGUCCGAAAAAGAACAAUUGAUAGAAGAAGAUGAAGAAGAUGAGCGAAUCUUGCGUGGUGUUAACCUGAAUGACCAGGAUUCAGUUCGUAAGAAGAUUCAGGAAAUUCAAUCCAAAAAACAAUUCGACGAGAAACGAAAGGCCUCCGUUAUGCAGAAACUGUUAAUGUCCGGUUAUGUAAAGUAUCGCAAGGAUAAGAAACAAAGUACGGAGACUAAUGAAGAUGGCUUGAAUUUGAAGGAUAUAGAGCCUUCGUUUCAUGAUAAGGAAUAUGAGAUUUACGGGUGUAAGCACUAUAUGCGUAAUUGUAAAAAACAAUGCGCUGAUUGCAAACAAUGGUUUCCAUGCAGGCUCUGUCAUAAUGAAGCGAGUGACCAUACUUUGAAUAGAAAUGCUACAGAAAAUAUGCUAUGUAUGUUUUGUUUGAAGAGUCAACCAGCUGCUGCGAACUGCAAAUAUUGUCGCAAGUCUAUGGCUCGUUAUUAUUGCAAUAAGUGCAAAUUAUGGGAUGAUGAUCCAUCAAAAUCUAGCUAUCACUGUGAUGACUGCGGGAUUUGCCGAAUAGGCCGUGGCGUGGGUGAUGACUAUUAUCAUUGCAAGACUUGUGGUAUUUGCCUUCCUAUUGCUGUUUACGAUACCCAUCGGUGUAUUGAACGCAGCACAGAUUGCAAUUGCCCAAUAUGUGGAGAAUACAUGUUCAACUCGACGGAGAGAGUUGUUUUUCUUCCUUGUUCUCAUCCACUACAUCAACGUUGUUACGGAGAUUAUAUAAAGACAAACUAUCGCUGUCCAACGUGUUCAAAGACAAUAAUUAAUGUCAAUUCCAUGUUUCGCAUCUUGGAUAUGGAAGUUGAACGACAACCCAUGCCCUAUCCUUACAACACAUGGAUAUCUACUAUACACUGUAAUGAUUGCAGCUCUAGAUCUGAUACCAACUAUCAUUUUCUUGGACACAAAUGCAAGUCUUGUCACUCCUACAACACUUGCAUAUCAUCUAUUUACAAACCCCUUGAUCAUCCUCAGGUAUCUAUUCCAAGACUUGCGACUGCUGAGGAUGCUGGUAUGCGAAGGUUGAUGGGGCAUUCAUGGGAUUCUAGUGAUGACGAAUUUGGCAUGUUUAGAUUUUAAUGACAUUUUCACAUGUAUAUGGAUCAUGCAAGCAUUGUUUUGGUUAAUAAAGAAAAUUGCUAUCUUAUAUACUACACAACUCUGUUUAAGAUCGCUAAUCUUCUGAAUUCUUGCAUAUUUUCAUGAUUUCUAUGGCUUUAAUUUUUAUCUUCAAAGAGGUUCAUUAAUUAUAAAGGUAUUUAUUGACGAAGGCUUUUCAUGUCCAAAAAUCUUAUCAUUUUGGCUGUGACUAUGCUAUUUCCUAUUUUAAUUGAAAGAUACACGAUCUGUUUGAUUUCAUUCCUUUACUUUUGGUGUGUACGCCACAUUUGUAAUUGGCAUGUAGUAAAUCAUAACCUAGAAAUGGUGGUUUAUUGUAUUUAAAAAGGGGAAUAUAAAAUUCAAUACCAUACUUCAGAAACUAUGUUAGAGACGUAAAGCCAAUUGAUAUGGAUUUCAGGCUUUUCACUACAUUAUAAACUAGCAUAUAUCAUUUUGUAUUCUUACUUUUAAUUAUUUAUUAUUUUAUAUUCUACCUAUCCCAUAUCGCCU